CAAAAGCAACAGCAACAACAACAACAAAAGUAUCAGCAGCUACAACACAAGGAACAAAAGCAGGAUAAGACGAGCUAUGAGCAGCCGGCGGCGACGGUGUUGGCGGGGGAGCAGCAGCAUACAGUUCCCACACAGAUGAUCCGCACUGGUGCUUCGCUCGUUGUCGGCGGCGGUGAUGAAGGAGCAUCCAACAAGCCCAGUUACUACACGGACACCUCAAGCGACCACUCAGCAUUAUCGCGUCGACGCCAAGCGGCCAGUAGCGCGCGCACACGAACGCGACGUCCGCCCACAAGCAGCAGCGAUGAGAGUGCACAGCAGCAGUAUUGGCGUGGUCGAGUAGACGACGACAACACAGCGAAGCCCAGCCAAGUCCAGUCGCGUGAUGACAUACGUUUGGCGGCGCGUAAGCGCAAACAGCCGACCAUACGCGAACCACUUGCCGCGCUCGAGAAGGAGCAGAAGCUAUACGAGUUGCGCGACAAGCAGCGACAGGAGCACACGCCGAAUGUGAGCGUGCGCGAUAAAUCUUACCGGCGGCCGUACUCACAAGCGAAAAAGGAGUCUGAAUUGCCAGCGGCCGCAGACGCAACGCAAACUAUCGGUAAAACGACCGUAGAUUUGAAGCACAUACUGAAGAACGCGGGAGGCUUGAGUCUGAGUGAGAUACUGCAGCAAAAGAAUUUGUCGCUGGACGAUUUGUUGAAGGGUAAGCAGAAUGCGCUACAGGUGCUGCAGAGCACAGCCGCCGCGCCAUCACCCACGCCAACUAAAGUAGUGGAUAGUAGGCCAGUGAAGCCGUUACGUCGCAUACCAUAUCUAAGCAUUGCAAAUGGUGCGACCGGCGGCUCAGGAUCGACGAAGCCUUUAUACACGGAUGACGAUACGGGCGCUGAGGUGCGCGCAACCACUGAGGUGCCAGCGGAGGACAUCGAGGACACACAGCAGCGCAGCAAAUUGAAGUUGCCUGCCUUGCAGCGUCUGAAAUAUUUUGGUAGCUCCUCACGUGGCACAACUUCGCAGUACGGCAGCACAACACGACGCGCAGGUGUGCCGACAGCGACCAGCAGCACUACGACUACAACAACAACCACUACAACGCGGCUGCCAAUCUACAAAAAGAAUUUCCUGCAGCGCUCGACGCUGAAGCCACCUUUCCUGCUGAAGAACGCCAUGCCUUCAGCGCCUUCGAGUGCGGAGCCAGAGGCAAAGGAAGUUGCCAACUCAGAGGAAAAACUGCUGACCACCACCAUAGUCAACAACAGGUACAAUAGAGAGCCGUCAGCCGUAGGCGACGAAGAAGGGGAAGAACACGAGCUGACAGCAGCGGCCGAGCCGACAUUGAAUGAACCAACGGCGGCGGAAGUAGACACCGAGGAGCAGCAGGAGGAAGAGUACUUGCGCGAUGAGGAAGAGAGCAAUGUGCAAUCCACGGCGAAGUUCGACUAUGAGGAACGUUACGACCUGCACGCGGAAACUACACCAUUGACUACAACAACCACAAGUACUACGUCUUCGCCAGUAUCCACACGAAGUACAGUGCGUCGCGCAACAACAACGCCUAGCAUUUUGACAACUUCCGCCGCGAGCGCAACCCCAACGACGGCAAGCGCAAAACCCGCACUACGUGCGCAGUUGAAUUUCAAAACGAACUCCAUCGACUCGGAUGAUACGCGCGCGCACACAUUGCCAACUAGUCCUGACAGCGAUGGGCUCGAAAAUUUCUUGGGCGGCGAGACCGCCAGCGGUAAGAGACGUGGAAAACCAACCACCACCGUCGAGAGCAUUACGCCGCGCAUCGAUCACGUUAAGCCAGCCAUCGCUGGCGACACGUUCUCCUACCAGGAUACCGUGCCUGACUUCGACGGUGUAGAUGACCGCACCGAUCUACUGGAGCUAAUCGAAGAUCGACGUUCCGGCAAUCGACUUUUCAAGGUGCUCGAACAGCGCAACAUGACGCUCGAGGAGCUGAUUGAGCACCGCAAACGCGGCUCUAGCCAACUGCAUCUGGCGACUGUAGUGCAGAACCGCUCGAGAUUUUUUCCCGGCCAGAAGGUCGUUCUUCACGACAAUAUGGACAUUGUUACAGCAUUUGAGAAUUUUCCCCAUUUCAAUCUGAUCGACCUGAAGAGCGUUAAGCCCGACGACAUCAAGACAGACUCACAAGGCGCCAGCUACUUCACCUCCAUCAUCGACAUAGAGCCGACCGAUGAGAUCUACAAGGACAACUCAGGCGCCAAAGGUUCCGCCUACCAACAGACGCAACGCACAGAUAAAUCGGUUGGUUUCUUCCCCUCCUGGAAAACGCUUGCGCUGGCUUCGCUCGCCAGCACUACACGCAACGACGCAUCUAUUAAACGCAAUCCUUUCUUUGUGCGCCCACCCCAAAUGCUACUCGAGAGUACCUCUGCCGAGCUCGACGACAACAAUUUUCUGCUAGACAACGAAACGAAUACAGACACGAACGCUGAGCCGCCACAGCAACAAGAGUUGAUCGCCGCGCAACAAAAAACGUUCAACAGCGCCAGCAGCACCAUCGACACCGUCGAAGCCAUCGAAAACCAAGUGGCGCGUGCGCAUGAUUUGCUCGAUCUCGAACUCUCUGGCCAUGGAUUCAAGCGCAGCCCCGCCGCAGCUGCCGUCUCCACUGCCGGCGCCACCGCCGCUGGUGGUCAUAGCAGCAUCUACGCCAACAUGCCGGCGGGCAUACGCUCCGCCAUUGUGGCCAGCGCCGCCAUAGUGCUCACAUCAUUGGCCACUUUUUUGGUGGUAUUUGUGGUGUGCCGCUGGAAGCAACGCCGUCAGCGGAAGACCAGCUACACUAAGACUUACAACGCGAUGAAGAGCAAGCUGCCGACUGUGGCGAAUGCGUCGCGCCGCUCCUCGCUGCGCAACAUGGAAGAGUUAGUGGGAGGCAUCUCUACAGUGUCGGUGUCACCGGUGCACCAGCUGCAGCGACAGAGUUCAUUACUAUUUCCGCGACACUGCAGCGCAGGUGGCAGCAGCGGCGGCGGCGGCUUGGAAGUGGAGGAAUUGAGUUGCGGUCGAGGUGACGCAGGCAGGCGUAGCAAAAUGAUGCGCGGAGCGACGCGCGGCAGUCUGGGCAACAGUGGCGGUAUUGGUAGCGCUACCGGCUCUACCACAUCGCUGGCGCUGUCGCUGCAGAGCGUGCACAACAGCUCCACGAAUAAGCUGAACACAAUGGAUCCAAAUUCACCGGAAGUGCAAGAGUAUUUGUUCGAUGCGUUGCGAAAAUCCUACUAAAGGGCGGUAGCAGGGUUGUAUCUGUUGAGUUGAAGUGAGGUUUAUUGUAGCAUAAGUUUUGGGUAAGUUUUAGAGAUUUUAAAAACGAUUGAGAAAUUAAAAAAAAAUACGAGAAACAAAAAAUGUUGCCAAACAUAAAAAAAAAAAACAAAAUGGAAAAUUGAGUAUAACUGUAAUAAAAAAGGAAUAUGUGUAAAAUACGAGAAUUCCAUAAAAUUAGAUAUCGAAGUAUUAACCCUUAGAAGAAACCACAAAAAAAAAGUAAAAUUAAAAGUAGGCAGAAAACAAUAUUUCGUAAAUUUACACAUUUAAGAGUAGAGCAAUUUUUACUAAAUUUAGAGCGUAAGAGUUCGAAAUUUAAGUAUUACAACAAAAAGCGGGUUUUUGGACAACACAACGGAAGCGAAAAAUAAUUUUUAAACAUUUUUGGAAACAAAAUAAAAAUUUGAAUUAAAAUACAA